AUGGCUCCUAGACAUACAUUUACUGUUAAAGAAAAAGUGGACAUCAUUUCUAGACUGCAAAAUGGAGAAAACCAUGUGAAUCUGUGUAAACAAUUUGGAGUUUCACAUUCUACAAUAUCAACGAUGUGGAAAAAUCGCGCUAAAAUUAUGGAGUGUUUUGAAUCAAAAUCCCUGAAAAUAAAGAAAAACCGUAAUCCAACUCAUCAAGAUAUUGAAAAUACUCUCCUAGUGUGGUUUAAAGCUCAGAAAAGCCAAAAUGUACCCAUAAGCGGUCCUUUUUUGCAAGAGAAAGCUAAUCAUUUUGCCAGACAGCUCGGGAAAACAAACUUUGUAUGUUCAGAAAGCUGGAUUUACAGAUUUAGACAACGUCAUAAUAUAGUGGUCGGUAAAGUUUGUGGAGAAGCCGCCAGCGUAUCACAAAAUGACUGUAACAAUUGA